GUUCGUAGGAGGGAGAAAUCGAUCGGAGCUGUGGCCAUUGUAAUCGCAGUUGCCGAUUGCGUAUUGUAGAGGACCUCUUCGGAUUAGAGACAAGUUUUGCGGUGUUUGUGAGACAAUUUGAGACAUUCUAGGCCAAUUGCGAUGCGGAGCUCUCGAAGCGCAGGCAAUGCGCUGCGUAGAUGGUGCUACACUCUUUCCUCACCCUCUGUCGCGCUAGGAAGAAAUGAGAGGUUACGUGCCCCAGGUUUUCCGUGUGGAGAUGUUCGGGAGUACAUCGUGAGUGCAGCUAGCGCAGGCGCGUCAUCGUGGGUGCGCAGUUGCGUUUCAUCGCAUCUGGUAGCAAACUCCACCCAGCCGCGGCAAGAUUUCUUUAGAACUUUCUCGGAGGCAGCAGUAGCAGAGGAGCCAGCAGGCGAAGCAGGGAGCCCUGCGGUCGAGAGCCUUUACAAGGAGUUAAAUGAUUCGAUUCGACAGAAGUGCUUGCCGAAGGCUACAUUGCUGCCCUCAUUGUUGAAGAAUUGUGCUUCCCCUGCAGAUGUGAAGCUGGCGUUGGAUGCCGUUGAUCGUCUGAGGAGAGUGAAGGCCGUUCAAGGUCAGCAGAAGACGAAUUACAAUAAGAAUAUUGCGCAGCUGAUGGUGGAAGCUUGCAUACGGUCGGGGGAUCCGCUCGCUGCAUUGCCAACUUUGAUGAAAAGAAAUGUUUAUGGAUUUACUCCUUCUCUGGAUCAGGGCCAUCUGCUUCUGGAACACGCUUUUGGACAGAAAGACACGAAGCUCAUGCUGAAGGUACUGAGGACUAUGGUCACAAAUGAUAUUUUUCCAACCCCAGUGUCAGCUGAGUUGAUUAUUCGCACAUGCAAAGAUGCAGGUAAUACAGAGCUGUUAUUUCAAUUGGCGAAAGAGAUGCGUGGCAACGGAGUUUCUUUAAAGAAACAUCUCUAUGACAUGCUUAUUGCCACCGCUGCUAAUGUUGGUGAUGUGAAACAAUUAUACCAAGUUCAGCAGUGGAGGGAAGAACAAGGAAUUGAGCACACGACAGCUAGUGCAUUUGCUCUGGCUAAAGCAUUGGUGCUGGAGGGAAAUGCUGAAGAUGCUGCGAAAACAAUUCUUCAUCACUGUAACGAUGCUGAAAAGCGUAACAUUUACCUUCAGAUUAUGGUGAAGGUCUGGCCUCUACAAGUUGGAGCCAAGGUUGCUGAGGAAGAGAAACAUGCUCUCUUAGAAGACUUGAAAAAGAAAGUGGCCAUCAUGUGUGAGAGCCUGGUGCAAUCUGGUUGCAAUGUGCCCGUAGAUGUGAAUGAAGAUUUUGCCAAAGGAGCAGGCAGCAAGAGUAAGGCAGAAGACGAAGUUUGGACUGGGGGUGCUUCAUCCUAGGAACUUGCGACUAGAUUUAUCAUGAAUACUGGUACGUGUAUCACACGGUUUUAUGGUUCCAAACAGGUUAAUGUGUAGUCCAUCGUGUCCACUUGAGAUUAUACAAAUUGAAGGGGAUGUCUUCAUCUUAGUUAGCAGAGACACGCAACUGCAGCGUUGGGCGAGACUGGGGUGAGAGCUGCACUGCUUUUAAGCUAUUCACCUAUUCUUCAAGGAGCUCCUUCCUGACCUCUCUUGCUGCAUCCCCUGCUGGUGAUAUCACCAUCAAAAUGGUUAUGUAGCAGCAUUGCUCCAGCAAUAUGGAAUCUGCAGUGCUCUCGAAAAGUCCCAUUAAAAUGUAAACGAGCAAAGCCACAAUAAAAGAGGGAUGUAUAGGACAAGUACUUUUGAUGCGUCAAACUCCGAGUUGAACUUGAAAUAAUAGAUUUUUCAUUCCUGCUUGUUGGCUAUUUGAUUGUUUUUUCUAGAUGCCUGAGGCAGUUGAUUCGCAGUUGGUAUGGUGCGGGUUCUCUAAUUCGCAUGCUUAAUCUCUGCUACAGUAUAUUUUUUUGUCUCUACCUGCCAAUCUCUGUGUGUAAUUUGCGAGUUAUUAUGUAUACGGUCGCUCCCUUUCUGAAGAUACAAUCCUAAAUGUCGAUUUGUUUCUUUGCUUUUCACUAGCAAUGAUUACAGAGUACCACCAUCUUUUAUUU